ACGUUUCGCCAAACGGACGGGCGCCGGGAAUGACUGAGGCGACAUCGGCGUGCCGGUUUUCGUUGACGUGACGAAAACUCGCCGAGAACGCUUUCGACCGCACGUUGCCCAGGGAAACCAGACGUAAUGCCACAUAACGGCAGCUUCGAUUCCGUAACGUAGCGUAAAUCUCGUUCGCGAAACAACCGCGAGCGCCCAUCAUGGCGGAUACGACGACGUACAACCGGAAUGUAGUCAACGGAGUCGCGGAGGCCGCGAUCGCGACGUAUCUCACCGACUUUCCCGAACGGGUGCGACGUGGCUGGUUCAAAUCUGCUGAACCAGACGCGAUUCUUACAUGCGAAUCGAGCCAGUCAGAUGUGUAUAUUUGUGUGCAUGGUAGUGUUAAUUGUAGAAUCGUCGGUAAAAGAGGCGUUUACGAGUGGCGUUUUAUGAUCGUCACGACAGGUGACAAGCAGUUACGGAAUGUGGCCUUGAUAUCGGACGAUUAUCGUGCUAACUUUGUCCUUAAGUCGGUGCAAGCGAAUGACAGCGAAAUCGGCGUGACAAACGGCCAGGAAUGGCACAAUCCUCACGCGAGUGACAUGGAUCUCAGCAGCAAGAGACACUAUUCCAUAACAAUCGCGUUUACCGCCAACAAACAUGGCACGUAUCGGCAGAACGUCAUCUUUGGCUUCAAAUGUUGUCCAGUGAUUCUUCAAAGGGUCUGCGCGGAUUAUUUACCGCUUGAAGAUUAUGCACGGAUACAAAUGGCCACAAAUUAUCAGCUGUCGCAGAUUCCAUCGAGAUGGAGCAAUCCGUACGAAUUUUAUUCGCCUUUUAUGCCACACGCCAAUUUACGAGAGAUCAAACUGUCGAGGAUAUAUCCGUAUCCCAACAUGCAAAACUUCUUCCUCACUCAAGAUAUGCUGUCCGACAACUGGCUGACGCCGCAAAAUUAUCGAGGUCGUAUGCACGAGAUGAUCACCGUCGAGGAGAUCGCAAGACACGAACAGCUCUCGAGAUACAAUCAAGUCUCGUGGUUACGCCUCAUGUCAGAAUACAUAUUAUUCAACAACGACGGUUCUACCAUCGCCAAAUACACGCCGCCGGGUGAGCUCUUCGCUCAGCUCCCAAUCACUCGGGACAUCUUGGAGGAUACGCAGAGCGGCAGACUCCUACAGCGUAACUGUAAUAGCGUUUUAAUCAAGUUGUGGGACAAGAAUUGCGAAAAUUCGGAUAUGAUUUUCGAAGCUCACGUAGAAGACAAGUGCUCGCAAUCUAUAUUUGUCAGACUGAGCAAAGAAUGCGUGACCUUGUGGAACUUGAACGCGCAAUCCGAACUUCAAGUGGAAAUGCGGUUUGUGUUGAGCCGCCUCAACUUUUGCGAGUGGCAUUUGGCAGUGGAUAGUCUCGAAUAUAUGGACUUGGUGUUCCUAAAGGACAAACAUCGCGAGACUGAUAACCAAAUUAUACACAGUUUCCUGCAGGUCGACGCUGGCAAUCUUCGUAUUCUUUCCGGUUUAUUUUUGGAUAAGCUAUUCAAUCAAGAACAGAAGCAAGCGGUCGCCGCGAUAGCAUUGUCCAAAACUAAGACUUCCUCGCCGCCGGUCCUUUUACUGGGACCCUUCGGCACCGGAAAAACGUUUACCAUUGCGCACGUGCUACGUAUGCUCGUUAAAAACUUGGACAACCGGAUACUUUUAUGUACGCAUAGCAAUAGUGCCGCGGAUCUUUACAUCAAGGAGUUUUUCGACAUCUGGUAUAAAGCGGAUAAACAUCCCAAGCUUAAACCUAUUAGGAUUUAUUACAAACUGCGAGCGUUAAAUACGGUACAUCCAGUUGUGCGGCAAUAUUGCUUGAUGGACGAACACGGUCGUUUUCGCGAUCCAGUCGAGAAGGAUCUUGAAGAUUGCGGUUUAAUAGUGACAACUCUAGCAACCUCCAGUUGCUUGAUUAGCCUGAAUUUGUCUCUGACUCAUAUAGUUAUUGACGAAGCGGCCCAAGCUAUCGAGUGUGAAGCGCUGAUAGCUCUGACUUUGGCGAAUCAAAAUACUCGUUUGAUCCUGGCAGGUGAUCAGAUGCAACUCGCACCGGAGAUAUACAGUGUACUGGCGAGCGAACGAGGAUUGGGCGUUAGUCUCCUAGAGAGGAUGUACGAAUUUUAUCCGCCGGAACAUCCAUGUCGGAUACAUUUGUGCCAGAACUAUCGCGCGCACGCGGACAUAAUCAAAUACACGUCCGAAAUGUUCUACGAAGGAAUGGUUAAACCUGCCAACACGGAGUUGUUGAAACACCCAACUCUGAAACCAUUGACAUUCUACGCUGUUCGUGGACAGGAAGAGCAGACAGAAUAUUCUACGGGAUACCAGAAUGUUAUGGAGGCGGAAGAGUUAGCAAAUCGUGUUCUGGAAUUGAAAAACACGUGGCCGACGCAAGAAUGGGGCCCGUACAAAGAAGGAUCUAUUGGUGUUUUAUCGUAUUAUCAUGAACAAGUGCAACGAGUGCGAAUCGAGUUGCGCAAGCGCCAACUUUUCGACGUGUCCGUUGAGAGAGUAUUGAAUGUUCAAGGCAAACAAUUCACCGCGGUUUUUAUCAAUACAGUCCGGACAACAACAUCUGAUAGAUUCUCUGCUGAGACGAAAGUCAAGGAUUAUGGUUUCCUGACGGAUUCACGCUUGUUAAACACCGCUCUAACAAGAGCGAAAUGUCUCGUGGCAAUUGUUGGUGAUCCAGUCGCUUUGCUUACCAUUGGCUCCUGCAAACAGCUUUGGAAGAAAUACUUGGAAGUGGCCGAUCUAUACGGAAUGGACAGAAAGGAGUUGCAGGCACAUCUGAACAAGGUACCCAAACUCCAAAUAUCACCUCUGAAUCCGCACGCGAGAGAGUUUGUUCCCCGAAGGCCCUUGUGCUUUGUUCAAUAUAUACAAAUGCCGCUAUGGUACCCAGUGAUAUAUCCCCCUCAUCCGCCAAUGUAAUAAAAAAAUCGCGAAUUCAAGAAGUAAUUUCAUUAAUUGCUUCGGUCGUUUCGACGAAGCCAUUACUCAUUUCAUGGAUCGAAACCGGAACAUUUACAUUUCACUAUUUCCAUCGUCACAUAUGACUAUCGAUCGUAUCGGUCGCCGCAAAACGAGGAACUGUACCAAGUUGUAUGUAAUUCUUGUAAUUUCUCAACUUUUCAUUUGUCUGAUGGCGUGAGUGAGAAUCUUUGCGAGCGUUAAGUACAUAAAUUCUGUUUAUUCAUAUAUAUUAAAUUAUAUAUCAAGAGUAGUAAUCAUCGAAACGUAAAAGUACAAAUCCCCUUUGUUUUUGCUGUACAAAUCAAUUAUCAACUACUUUCAAUGAAUUUUCAAGAAAAUAUAUGUGAUUUAUAUUCCGAAUGUAUGUGUGCGCUUGACAAUGUAUUUGUAUGUCUUCGAACAUUUUUCUUUCUUUCUCUCCAUAUUUAAACCAGUAUGGGCAUAAUUUUUUUUAUAUACACAGCGAAAUAUGUACAAAGCGAAAGAGAGUUUAUUAUAAUGUAUUUAGCAAAGAAAGACUUUCUUCAGAUCCAACAUCCACAAUUAUGUAAGACGAUGUUUUUCUUAAUAAAAAAGAUAUAUAUUUUACAUAA